AUGCCAAUUUCUCGCCAGGAUCCAGCACACAUUGCUGAAACGGGUCCCAAAUCCUUGGUUGGAAAAGUGAAAAUCGGAGGAAGACCUUAUGCCAUCUCCAGACCUUCCAACGACGACAUCACCAACUUGCGCUUCACACCACAGCACCAAACAGUUGAGUCGCUCCCAAACACCCUCCCAAACACCCCAGCAUUGACUCCAGUCAUGUCGCCAGUGCCUCUCCAGCAGCAUGACGAGAACUUGAUCAUGACAGCUUCAAAUCCUCCCAAGAACCUCUGGAGAAUCAUUGCAACGUGCAUCUGGUCCGUUAGUGGAGGAUUCUCCGAUGCAGCUCCCGGUGCCUUGUUGCCAUUUAUAGAAAGUGACUAUGGAAUCAGCUACGCCGUGGUGUCGUUGAUCUGGAUGCUGAAUGCUGCAGGGUUCAUUUUGGUUGCGAUGUUCUCUCACAAGAUUCAGCCUUGGUUGGGAAAGAGGAAGUCCAUUUUAGUAGGAUGUUUGUGUUCGGUGGUUAUGUAUCUGUUGAUUUCCAGUGGUGGUCCGUUUCCAUUGAUUGUGACUGGAUUCUUCUUUGGAGGAAUUGGCUUGGCCAUUGUGCUCGCACAGUCCAAUGUCUUCUUCUCCAAAUUGGAUAAAAACUCAAAGUAUUUGGCAUUCAUGCACGGAGCAUACGGCGUGGGUGCCACUUUGUCUCCUCUUCUUGCUACCAGUAUGGUGAACCAUGGUAUCAAGUGGCACUACUUCUAUCUCAUUGCAUUGGUUCUCAUGUUGUUCAACUGCAUCAACUGUUGGUUUGCAUUUGGCGGUGCUGACGACGACUUGAAGCCUUGGGACCAUGAUGAUGAGGCUGAAUUGCUUUUGGCCAAUGGUGACGAAGCAGGGCUCUCGCCCAUCGAUACUCCUAGAGUUUCAGAGGAUGGUAUUGGCCUCCAAGACUUGGGCACACAUAUUACUGCAGUGGAACGUGAAAGCCCUGCAGCCUCCAAGCAGACCGGAGCCAUGAUGCUUGCAUUGCAGAAUCCCAUUACAUGGCUUAUUUCACUCUUUGUUUUAUGCUACCAAGGUUCGGAGGUGUCUUUGGGAGGCUGGAUUGUUUCGUACUUAUUGGACUCUCGUGGAGCAAAUAACAGUUACGGAUAUGUCCUGAGUGGUUUCUGGGGCGGACUCACACUUGGCCGGUUGGUAUUGACAAGGCCCUUGCACAAGUAUUUUGGUGCAAGAAGAAGCAUCAUUGUGCUUACUGUACUCACAAUCGGGGCUAUUGUGUUGACCUGGACUGUGGCCAACAACAUUGUUCUCUCUGUGCUUGUGUCCCUCGCAGGCACCAUGAUUGGGCCAACAUACCCAUUGAUGAUUACUAUUGUGUCAUCAAUGCUUCCCAGAAAGAUCCAAGUGGUGAGUUUGACCAUUAUGACUGCGUUUGGGUCUAGUGGAGGUGCCAUUUUGCCAUUUCUCAUUGGUUUGGGAGCAGAGGCCGUGGGAACCUAUGUGGUCUUGCCUGUAUUUAUUGCUACGUACUCGGUGAUGUUGGUAAUUUGGCUUCUCUUACCAAAUGUGGAGUCUAAAGGUCCCAUUCCAGACACUAAGGUGAGAAAGUUCUUGCACCGGGUAUGGUGA